AGCUUGAGCUUAUCCGUUUCCACCUCGUCAACGCUGAUCUAUAUAUUCAACAAUAAUGAGCAGAGAAGGAUUUGUCCCCCCUACGGCAGCAAAUUUGGGAAACGCGGCUUCUGGAAUCCAAAGUCUCAAAGAUUACGGAGUGAAAUACAUCUGUGCACAAUGUGCAGUCAACUUUUCUCUCUCCCCAAAAGAACCUGUUAGAUGCAAGGAAUGUGGUCACAGGGUUCUUUACAAAGCCAGAACAAAACGGAUGGUUCAAUUCGAGGCUAGAUAGUUACCUUCUCGGAGUUGUUUCAAGACCAUUCAAGAGAGCGAGAAUUGUAUAAUAGUAAAUGGUGUUCACGGUUGCUGACUGUAAUCAGAAUAAACAGCAGCGCACUAACUUGUUCAGAUCAAUUAUGAACCGAAGCUGAUUUUUGAGCUGUAUGAAGUCUUUGCUGCUAAUAGCUCAGGAUUGAAUAAUUUAUAAAUAAAAAAAAA